AUGUUUUUGCGGUUUGAUGAUGAAAAGCUCCCACAGACACACGUCGAUAUCUUCACACUAAUUCGUGACAAUAAAACUCUGGAACUUAUUGACUACGUACAACGGAACCCCGAGCCUUGCAAAGAGUAUAUUGAUGAUGACAAGAGAACACUUCUCCAUGCUGCGUGUGAAUUACAGAGUGUUGAAUUAGUUAAGAGUGUGAUAGACAUAGCUCCAAACGUGAAUGUAGUUGAUUCGGGGCUAUGGACGCCAUUACUCAUUGCAGUAGCUGGUGCUCCAUCCAAUACAGAACUUGACACAACGAGUCAAAUUGUCGACAUUUUGUUGAGUAAAGGAGCCGAUGUUAAAUUGAUGACAAAGAAAAAAGGGACUGUGUUCCAUUACAGUAGAGGGAGGGUAGACCUUUUAGAAAAGUUUUAUGAAAAAUGGCAAGAAGGUGCUUCACAAAGGGAUGUGUAUGGCAACACUCCGCUUCAUCGAGCAGUUGCUUCUGGUAAUAUGAAGUGUGUGAAUUUCUUAUUAAAACACACAAAGACUGUCUUGUCUCAAAAUUCGAUGUUGAAAACACCUCUUCAUGUUGCUUGUGAAGAGCAGAACGAAGAGGUGGUUAAACUUUUGAUCGACAAUGGCGCCGAUGCUGACAUGAAAGAUGAAGAUGACAAAUUCGCGUUUCCGCUGAUUUCCGACAAAGUAAUGUUUAAUGAGAUAUGUCAGUAUUAUAAGAACAGAAACCAUAAAUAA